AUGAUGCUAGUUGCCCUCCUUGCCCCUCUUUUACUCGCGACAGAUUGUAUCGCUCAGACAGGACCCUUGACUGCUUGGUCGGCUACGCCUUUCAACCCUCCAUCAUUACCUCUCGCCGUCAAAUCUUCAUAUCUCAACGUAUGGGCUCCAUUAGGAUACGGAAACGGCUCUCAAGCUCUCAGCGAUGCAUGGCCGAGAACCUGGGACAGAAGUCUUAGUGCUUUGGGAUGGUACGGCUCGAUUCGUGUCGACGGGACCGCAUAUCGGUUUCUCGGUGCAACAGACAAACCAGCUGGUAAUACUGGUGUUCUUCAGAAGGAAUUUACAUUCACUCCAACACGAUCAUCGUAUCUUUAUCAAACCGGUCCGGUCAAUGUAAAUAUAACUUUCUUGAGCCCGAUUGAGCCCACCGAUCUCGCUCGACAAUCACUGCCAUUUUCAUACAUGUACAUCACCGUGCAGCCAAACGAUGGAGGCUCUCACAGUGUCCAGAUUUACUCAGACGUAUCGGGAGAAUUCAUUGGCGGAAAUUCUGGAGUGCAAGCAAACUGGACGUUUAACGAAUCGAGCGAUUUCGUAUAUUUGCAAAUGAAUCCUUCUUCACCCUUGCCAUUUCAAGAACUCAAUAAACGACCGCAAGACGGGACGUUAUACUAUUGCAUGAAGAAGGCAAAUGGUGUAUCGUGGCAAAUUGCAAACUCCCCAGACAUGCGUGGAUCGUUUAAUAACGGGUCCGUUACGACUCUUCCAAAGACAUCCGAUGGCUCUUUUCAUGCUAUUGGCCAACCAUUUUUUGACACCAUGGCCAUUGCAGUUGACCUUGGAACUAUUUCGUCUGUGAGCGACCCAGUGGUGUAUACUUUGGGUGUCGUACGUGAUCCAGUCGUGCAAUACGCCAAUAGAAAUGUCCAGAUUGAGAAGAGAAGCUCGUAUUACUGGUCAAACUUCUCCAAUAUUCGUGACGCUGCUAUGCAGAUCGAGGACGUACUGAACCAUUUUGAUGAUGCUAUGACCGCCGCAACAACCCUAGAUAACAAAAUACUCAGAGACGCCGGGCAGGUCUCAACCAAUUAUGCGGACAUCCUAAGCCUCUCCACCCGGCAGGUCAUGGGUGCGCUUGAAUAUACUCUUCUCAAGGAUGCCUCUAGCAGUUUCAACAUGUCGGACGUGAAGGCGUUUUUGAACGAUAUGGGUGGUAUAGGUUCCGGGGGAGUAAGUGCCGUCGAUGUGCUGUAUGCCGCGAUGCCUGCGUAUCUGUAUCUUAAUCCUGAUAUUCUCGGCUACCUCUUGGGUCCGCUUAUGGAGUAUCAAGAGAGUACGCAGUACACGAAUCCAUACGCUGCACAGGACCUAGGUACUGCAUUUCCGAAUGCCACGGGAAAUCCCAGCGGGCAUAACCAAAGGAUUGAACAAUCUGCGAAUAUGAUCAUCAUGAGCUUGGCGCAUGUUCAGGCUUCCGGUGAUGGUCGUCUCAUUAACCAACACUAUGAUCUCCUGAAGAAAUGGGCUGAUUACUUGGUUAACAAUACUGUGAAUCCCGGAGACCAGACGGCGUCACUCUCAGAUGCUAUAAACGCGAAUAAUCAGACAAACGUCAUACUGAAGGGUAUCGUUGGUAUCGGCGCCAUGGCCAAGAUAAGCGGCUAUACGGGACAUACGGCCGACCAAACCAAUUUUAAUGCUGUUGCACAGCAAUAUGCUCAACAGUGGACAAGCAUUGCGGCUGGUUCAGCUCAGAUUUCGAUAAGCUUUGGCUCAUCGAACUCAGGAUUAAUCUAUAACUUGUAUGCGGACAAACUGUUGCAACUAAACCUUUUCCCGAACUCCGUGUAUGUCGCACAAACAGAAUUUUACAGGUCACAACUUUCACAGUGGCAAUAUGGUAUUCCCAUGGACGCCUCAAACACUUCCUCAGUCACGCGUUCUGACUGGAUGAUGUUCGCUGCGGCUAGUACCUCUGAUAUAUCCGUGCGAGACGCCAUGCACUCGCAAAUCCAUGGGUAUAUAUCAGCAUUUCUACCACAACACCUUCCAUUUCCAAUUCUGUUCAGUCCACGCGAUGGAACGCAGAUUGGAGGAGAGAAUAGCCCAACAAUAGGAGCGACGUUCGCGAAUUUAGCAUUGGGUCUCCCUAUCAGGCCAAUCUCGGUGACAGGUACACCUGGGGACGACAGCAAUACAAGCAAUACACCAGCUAUUAUCGGAGGCGCUGUCGGCGGGGCUGUAGGCCUGUUAGGCAUCGUUGGCGCGAGUGUAUUCUUCUAUCGUCGUCGUCGAAGCAAGUACGAGUCAGCUAGCAAGUACAACCGCGUGGAUCGAUCGACGUCCGGGGACUACCCAGCCAGUUCCAUGGUCGUGCUCCGUCCGCCAGCUUCGACAGCGGACAUGUCUGAACUGACCAUUUCCCCAUAUACUGGUUAUAGUAAUUCCUCCGGUAAUUUAAUUAGGUCGACCUACGUUGCUCCAUCAUCCUCUGGUACGCUGACCGUAUCUGCAAAAGACUGGAGAGGUAAAAACGCGGUAUAUGGGAAAUACAAUAACAAGUCCGAAAUUCCGCCGCCAAGUUCGGCAGGCUCGAGCACGUUAUCACCUAGUGCGCCACCAAAUCCCCGUAGGAAUAUCCUACGGCUGGGUAACUGGAGAGCCGAAGUGGAAGGUCUGCGGCAGGAGAUCGAGCAGAUUAAGCGGGAGCGAGACGGGUUGGCGGCACCGCCACCCUCGUACGAGGAUGAACUUCAAAGGCUCCAGGCAUUGCAUUCGCGAUAA